GAUAUGCCACACCUGUCAGGAUUGUCUUGGCAAAGGAGAAAUGCUUAUUAACGGAUGCCCCAAAAAAUAGCACAACAUUUGAGAUAAUUUUUUUGUGCGUAAUUGAACAUUUCUGGGAUCUUUUCCUUCAGCUUGUGAAACAUGGGACCAACACUUUACAUGUUGCAUUUAUAUUUUUGGUCCGUAUAGUUUUACACUUUUAAGAUAUGACUGCCUUUGUGCAGUUGAAUUUCUGAAUUUUGUCUUUUGUAUUAUAAAUUCUAUACAUUCGUUCAUACUGGAUUAAGAGUACAUUUUCUUUAACUUUAAUUUAGUUGGUUAUGCUCCAGCUUUCUCUCCACCUUGUGCCAACAUCAGUUCUUUUUUUAUUAAGUCUUGGUUCCAAUAGUUAAUAUUUUUUUCCUAAGAGAUUGUCAGUUGGAUAUACUCUCAGCGAGGUUGUUGUAUAUCUUCUCUGUCAUAUGAACAUAAUUUUAUGACUCGAAUAAGAUUCCCUUAAGGUUGAUCUGAGGUCCAAAAGAUUUCAAAUACACAUUUUGUGAUAUGUAACUUUUAAGUUGCAUGUAUUUGAAACUAUGCUCUCUGCAAGGUAAGUCCAACAUUGCUUUUAUUCUGUCAUGGAAAUACAUAUCUUUCCUGUUAUCAUGUAAUUUAUGGUGUCUUUGCCUUCCUACACACUGUUGUUAUUCAUUAAUAGACUAACAACACUGUAUUCAAAUGGUUUUAGUGUUAGAUUCUUAUCAGAUCUGUUCUAGGGUGAAAUAAAAUGCAUUGACAACAUGGGGGUCAAAGUCAAAUGUUGCACCUUCAGCAUUGUACAAUGUUGUUAUAGGAAGGUUCUUACAUUGGUGUGUCUGUUUAUGGUGGUGGGUUGGUGUACUGAUUAUCCCAGAUGUGAUAUGUAACCUGAAGAAUAAAGACGGAACAGUUGGCUAUUCAAGUUUUACAGAGAGAGUCUUUCUGAAGUGACUACACUUCAGGAGAGGUGACAUAGCGUCUUGUGGAAAAUGCCUACCAAUAAGUCUGUGUCGAAGGCGCCGAUCACCCAGUUCGUCAACUGCAGGAUACUAAGAGAUCACAAGCUGCAGAGAGAGGAUCUGUGGGUGCGGGAAGGGCGGAUCCUAGACCCAGAGAAGUUGUUCUUUGAUGAGGAAGGCUACGCAGAUCAACGUGUUGACUGUGAAGGCCUCAUCAUCGCUCCUGGGUUCAUUGACGUUCAGAUCAAUGGAGGAUAUGGCAUCGACUUCUCGCAAGCAACCAGUAAUGUCAGAGGAGGUGUGGCCCUAGUAGCCAAGAAAAUCUUGGAGCAUGGUGUCACCUCUUUUUUACCCACCCUAGUCACCUCCCCUCCAAACAUCUACCACAAGGUCUUGUCUGAGGUUAAAGUUCACAGUGGAGGAAUGGAGGGAGCUGGAGUUCUGGGCUGUCAUCUAGAAGGUCCAUUCAUCAGUUUAGAGAAGAAGGGAGCCCACCCGGAGCAGUACCUGCGCUCCUUCCAGUCGGGCGGCAUGUUGGACCUGAUUGAGACCUACGGGACCCUGGAUAACGUUGCCAUGGUGACGUUGGCCCCCGAGCUACCCAACAGUGAGAAGGUGGUUAGAGAGCUGUCUCAGAGGGGAAUCACUGUUUCUCUAGGACACUCUGUAGCCAACCUGUCCCAAGCUGAGGAGGCUGUGCAGAACGGAGCUUCAUUCAUCACACAUCUCUUCAAUGCUAUGCUGCCUUUUCACCAUCGAGACCCGGGCAUUGUGGGUCUCCUCACCAGCGACCAGGUUCCCCAGGACCGGACAGUCUUCUACGGAAUGAUUGCUGAUGGCAUCCACACCAACUCUGCCGCCCUGCGUAUCGCCCACAGAGCACACCCUACAGGUCUAGUGUUGGUGACUGAUGCCAUCACAGCGAUGGGUCUACCUCCGGGCCGCCACACCUUGGGUCAGCAAGUCAUUGAGAUCCAGGGGCUCCAUGCUUAUGUAGCAGGCACCAAGACGCUCAGUGGCAGUAUAGCCACAAUGGACAUGUGUGUCAGGCACUUCAAACAGGCUUCAGGCUGCAGUGUGGAGGAAGCCCUGGAGGCAGCGUCACUCCACCCGGCACAGCUCCUGGGCAUCACCCGUUGUAAAGGCACCCUGGACUAUGGGGCAGACGCAGAUCUCGUUCUGCUGGAUGAUGCUAUCAAUGUCAGAGCCACCUACAUCGCAGGCCAGGAAGUGUGGAGGAAAUGACAUCAUAAUAAUCAGUCCCCCACCGCUGCCCCACCCACCCACGUGGACCAAAUGGGAAUCUCCCAAAUGGCAUCCUAUUCCCUUAAUAGUGCACUACUUUUGACCAGAACAGAGCAUCAUAAAGGGAAUAGGGUGCCAUUUGGGACACAAGUCAAUGCCUGGCUGCAUUGUGCUGGACACUCAUCUCAGACCCUAGAUGGCACCACUCUAUAAGAAGAAUUUUGGAUGUAGCACAAAGAAGUGUACUAUGUAGGGAAUAGGGUGCUAUUUGAGCUGCACCCUGGUAAAAUGGAGCCACUUGUAAAAUGCUACAGUAUAGAAUUCAAUAGUUUUGUGCUAUAUUUUUAUUGACAUUUUGCAUUAAGACACUUAACACAACAUAUACUGCAUUGAAAUUAUUUUAAUAAUCUGUUUGAUACAUGGGAACAUAGCACUGGGGUAACGCAGUUUCUCUGGACCCCAGCAAGGUUAGAUCCCUCCCUAAAAUAAAACAAAAUCUUAAGUGUCAGCCAGACAGCCACUCAUAAAGUAUAGACUACCGAUCGUUGUCCAUGGUGCUGAAAUUGUGACAUAUCUAUGCAGCUGCAUGCAUAUCGAAUCGAUGAUAGGAUUUUUGUGGUGCCAGGGCAUGUAAAGCUUUGCUUUAGCUAAUGGAUCAAUGUUUAUUGGUAGGCCUAUUUGGUCAUAAUUUUCUCAUGUUAAGCCUAACAUUUCACAAAGCUAUACACGGUGUCGCAAUGCUGACAUUUUUUUUACUGCUGACUGAUGGCAAUAAUGUAAUUACUUGUUAAGUAAUUCAAGUUGUAAAUUCAGAUUGCAGAGUGUAAAAUGUAUUUGCGAUGCAACAGCAUACUAAUCAGCUACCAAUUGAUUUUGUAAAAUAUAUUGUACAACUGUCCAGUAUAGGCUACCGGAACCUGCAUGACAUGAGCUGUUCUCGAUCUCUCCCAGCUUGGAUAGAAAGUUGUUAUGCAUAAAACUAGUCUAUUAAAGGGAUAAUCCACCCCAAUAAAUAAAAUCAUAAAACUCCUGUCAA